AUGCGUCUUUUCAGUUACACCAUACCCCUUGUCUUCUCGUGCCUGCUGCUCUUUCUGUGCCAGUCCUCCCAAGCCGCUAGUGUAGUGCAGAUUGGAGAUGACGGACUAGAUGGCGGCAACAGUAUUGGUACCUGGCUGCGGGGAAAUUUUUUGCAAUCUCAAUUCCAAGUCCCCUUCAAAGGAUGGUUUGACCGCGCUGGCAAUAUCUUCCAUUCACCCGAGCCCGACUUCUGGAAGGAUGCCACCGCCCUCGAAGGGAAGUUUAAGGAGUACGCUGACCGCCUAAUCAAACAAGCCAAGACCAGCUACAAGGAUGUCGCGCGUUCCUUCGAUGAUGUCAAUCAACGUGUACAAUAUAUUGUCGAAGCCAGUGCGGAGCUACGGAACAGCAUAGCGCUCAAGGCGAGAGCGCAGGACUUCACCUUCGAGCACUUCUCCGAAGAGCUUAGUAAGCAACUCGGAGGCGCGCUGGAAGAGCUGAGGGAGGAGUUCCCGCCGACGAACCAGGCGCCGGGCCACGAACGGCGACGCGAGAUGGUAGAGAGGGCGCUGGCGAAGGUCGAGGAGCGGAUGCUGGCGGUUGCGAGGAAGUUUGGGCUGGAUGAGGCUGAUGUACACAAGUUCUUUGCGGCUGCCGGGCCGCACAUCGUGGACGUCGUAACAACUACGGGUGAUAUCGUUCAGCAGCACCCCGUCCUUGUAACCACCGUUCUUUCCGCGGUGGUUGGGCUGAUCAUUCCGGAGAGUCUGAUCCUCCGCCCCAUAUUCAGUCUCUUCGGCUUUGGCCCAUAUGGGCCCGUCAAAGGCACUGCCGCAGCUGGGAUCCAGCGCUGGCUCUAUGGUGCGGCCGUUCCAGCUGGCAGCUGGUUCUCGAUUCUGCAGCGAGUUGGAAUGUAUGCGAGACAAGGGCCUCGUCCCAGACUGCCGUGGUACAGCAGGAAGAACAAGCUCUCGAUGGCCAAGGUGGAGUCUUCAAGCACUGUCGAUGUGCCUGUCGUCUCUGGGCCAAAACGCGACGGAGUUGAGGAUCGUGGAUGGAUUGACGACGUGGGGUCAUUCUUUUCCGACGUAGUCCCAAAAGUCAUCUGGGGAAAAGUGACUGCCGUCAGCGGCGACGUCGGAGAUUUCUCCAAAAACAAACUUCAAGAUAUGGAGAUGCAGUUCAAAGAUGUCUCGCACCAUGUAGCGGAACUGCAAGAACGAAUGCAGCACGUCCUUGCCGCCAGUCAGAGGCUGCGAGGUGAGGUCUCGGCGAGGGCAACGCAACAUGGUUUCACGAUCGAGGAUUUCUCUCAAGAGUUAGAAGGUCAUUGGGUCACUGCGACAGAGGAGUUGAAGGGGAUGUUCGACCCGCUGGACGAGGCACCUAGCCAUGACGAUCGUCUGAAGCUUGCCGAGAGUGUCUUCGACAAGGCCGGAGCGGGCUUGGUUGUAGUCGGAGCCAAGUUCGGAAUCGCGGAGUCUGAGACAGGAGCGUUUUGUGAUGCUGCGCGACCGCAUGUUGUGCAUAUCGUGACGGUCAUAGGAGAUGUCCUAGAACAGCACCCGAUCCUCUUGGAGGUACUUUUACCGUUGGUACUGGGCUGGAUUAUUGGAGAGGUGUGGAUUUUGGGCUCUCUGCUAAGGCUCUUUGGCUUCGGUCCGGCAGGUCCUGUCAAAGGGGGUGUUGCGGCUUGGAUCCAGAGAGCACUCUUUAGGGGCACUGUCCCAGCUGGAGGCUGGUUUGCUUCUUUACAAAGGGCGGGGAUGAAAGGUGUUGGGAAAGUCGGGUCCACCGACUUACGGACACAGUUGACGACGCAUGACUUUGCCGCUGCGCGUUUGGAGGGUUCUGGAGCGAUGGAUUCGGGUGUACUUGACCAAGGCACGUGCUUCGUUAGGAGUUCUGUUCGCGCUUCUGCGACGUCUAUUCCAAUUGGGAGCGCGUCGUCUCUUCUCGCGCUGCGAAAGAGACACGCAUCAGUCCAGUCGACCUACGACGAGGACAUUCUUCGCGGCCUCCCAUACCUGCCAGAUGGUGCACAGACCAACAGCCCUCAGCAACUAUCGCCUGUGCUCCAUCCGGUUACGCGUAUCACGACACCUCCCCCCAUCGACCGCCUCGACGCCACUCCCCUCUCGCGAGCACUUGGUUUUGAUGUCGGCCAUUCGUCUCGAGGCCCUGCCAGCGAUCCCGGUCCACAUGCCAUCUCAAGUCAGGCAACCGACCCUGGUCAUAGCACGGGUGUUUGCGAUAUGCAUUGGUCCGCGCAUGAAACCCUUGGUCUAGUACUGAAGUCGGAUCGUCCGGCCGACUGGAAGAACCCUUCGGUCCAGUCUACGCAGCCGACGGACAAGUUCACGGUUAAAAUCAAGUCUCUUUUCCCUACCUAUGCGAUGGACAUCAAUCGGUAUAGUCGCCAGCCUACAGAAGACGAAGAGAAGCUGCCGGUAGAUCCCAUCGAACGUGAAUCUAUGUACAUUAUGGCUCCUCUCACCACGAACUAUGACGACAACCAUGGUGAAUGCAUCGCUGCGGGUCUCGCAGGUUGGAAACGGGUAGUGCACCCCGAAGGAGCGUUGUACUGGUUUCAUGAGAAGCAGAGGGUUUUCACCGAUGCCCCCAUGGCGAAUCCAGCUUUUCGAGAGGCUGCUACACAAAGCAUCGCCCAACUUGGGGAGAUGGUCAGCGUCGGCCAGUAUCAUGUUCCCGAAGAUGCCGAGCUCGUGUUGGAGCUGCACAAACAGCGUUCAAAGGCAGACAAUGGUGUGUCAGGAAGGCAUAGCAGCCGGAAGAAGCCCACGUAUCGAUUCAGUGUUGGUUAUUACUUUGUCACGCACAAAACUCGGCGCAUAUUCUGGCUCGAGGAGUACAAUAUAACGUCCCUGUUCGAGAACCUGAAAGGAGUCACGAACAAGGGCCAUAUGGGUCUUGCUGUAGAACAACAGUACUGGCAGCACUGCGAGUUCUUCCCCUAUGCCAGGCCUGUUCGUCAGAACAUCAUCGACGAGCUGAGCGAGAUCGUCUUCCACUACAUGUCAGAGAUGAUCACAUCUGAUACGUCGUUGACGCCGUUCAAUGAAGAUGAACUGUCUAAGGUUAAGGAGGUCGUCGAUCAUGCGCAACAAGUCGAAGGCAAGCCAUUUGAUCAUACGAUAUGUAUAAUUGCACGGCUCAUGCGCACCUUGAUACGGAACCGUUUCUUCCACUUCCACGGUCAAACUGUCGCUCGUCUCAACUCCGAUCAGCCUCUGUUCACGGACGAGGGAAAGAAAGCCGAGAUGUCGAGGUUCACGCGCAUAUUCAUGCUUCUCUUGUUUAACGCGCCAAACCCGCAUCUCAAGCGGCUGCGCUCCGUUUGGAUCGACAAGGUUGUGAAUCAAGUCCCGUGGAAGAAGUUCGUCGACGAGCUGAACACCGAGUGGAAGGGCUAUACUCUCUACUCUACGGUUCUCCUUACAGUCAAUCUGUCUCUAUUAGCACUAUUCAACGUCAUGCCUCAAACAAGCUUUUCCGACAAUGGCGGGACGUACCAACAGACGGUAGCUGAGAUUAUGAGCUACGUGUCGACGGCAUGGUCUGUCGGUUCGGUCGUGACUUCUCUGAUCCUCGUGCGGCAAAAUGAGACGAAUUCGCGUCAAUCAAUUGACGAAGCUGUGCAAUUCCUGAACACCGUAUCGACCAACAAGCAUGGUAUUGAGAUGCUCGCGAUCAUCUAUAGUCUGCCGUUCGGGUUUCUCUUAUGGGGACUGCUGUUUUUCUCCAUGGCAUUCCUUGCACUUGCCUUCCAGCACACGCUCACAGCGACACGUGUCGGUGUGGCAGUGGCGAGCUUGAUCACGUUGGCUCUCGUUAUCUGGCCGGUUGUCGUCGCGAAGGAGUUCCUUACCAAGAAGUUCUGGACAGAGUUGAGGAAGGAAUUUGCGACAGCGUGGCAGGAGAAGGAUGUCGUACAGUUCUUGGACAUAUUUGGUCUCCCAGUGUCUGAGGAAAAACGGGCACAGUCUAGAAAACAGCGCAAGUUGGGAAGGAAUUCGCCGAGCAGAUCGACCACCAGGACGGAUACGUGCAUGACUGCAGAUGACGCUACGACGCUACAGUUGAGAAGACCGACGGCUCAUGGGGUGCCGGCGGUUACGGGAGAGGAACCAGAGGCGCCAUCACCCCAGAAUCCAGAAAUUUUGGCACGCGUCGGGUUAACGUCUACUGCGUUGGUCCUUGGCAACACUGAAGGCCCAAUAGCAUCAUAUCAAUCGAUGAACAUUGGAUCGAACGCUGCCGCAGGGACGACACCAGCAUCUGCACGCGGUGGAGCAAGCUCCCCCGCAGACCCGCCAGCGAGGCAGCAGUCGGUGCUAAAGAGGGCGUCUACAGUGAUCGGGGAGAGGGUGGAGGAUUGGCGCACGAGACGCGAGAGAAAAAUGAGUAAGAAGCAUGGGCCGAAGCGAUCUCGCUCGCGGACGCAUGUGCCGUCAGGGGACGCGAUGGGGCUUGGUAGCAUGAGUGUUCGCGAACAGGCGGAUGCACCAUACGUGGGUGGACCUGGCGCCGAAACGAACGUCUGA